CGUUAGCGGGUAGCCAUGGCAACGACCCCCCUCAUCUCCCGGCGUCCCUCCCCUCCCCAUGGCCGUGAGACCCCUCCCCCGCUGCUGAGUCGACUUGGCUACAGUACAGUGUUCAACAUGUACGCUAAGGGGAAGGGCUCAUCGGUGCCCUCCGAUGCGCAAGCCAGGGAAAAAUUGGCGUUAUACGUUUACGAAUAUCUCCUCCACGUAGGUGCCCAAAAGGCAGCACAGACCUUCCUUUCUGAAAUAAGAUGGGAGAAAAAUAUCACUCUAGGGGAGCCGCCCGGGUUCCUUCACUCCUGGUGGUGUGUGUUCUGGGACCUGUAUUGCGCGGCUCCGGAGCGGCGCGACACUUGCGAACACUCCAGUGAGGCCAAGGCCUUCCACGACUACCCUCGGCGGGACCCAAUGGGAUUUGUAAAUUCAGGUUACAGCGUCAACGGUAUCGCUCACGUAAGUAAUAUAGUCGGCCAAGCGUCGUGGAACGCCGGCCCCACACCAUCUCCGCUCGGCCAAAUGCCUCCCAGUGACGGGAUGGGUCCAGCCGGCCCCAUGCCCCCUGGCUUUUUUCCGACGCCGGGCAUGAGACCAUCCCCAGGUCCCAACCCCCCCUCUCAGGCCUCUCCCCACCCCCCUGGGGGGCCUGGGGGCCCAGGAGGGCCAGGGGGGAGCCCCAUGCACAUGAAUCCGCAGCCUUUCAUGUCACCUAGAUAUCCUGGUGGGCCUCGGCCUGGGGUAAGAAUGCCUCAAAUGCACAGUGACUUCACCGGGCCUCCAGCACAACCUAUUAUGCCCAACAGUAUGGACCCCACUCGUCAAGGAGAUGGAGACUUUGUUGGUUGGCAAGGUCCUCCAGGAAUGAAUCCACGAAUGACUGGUCCACGAGGCCCAGCCAUGGGUCCUGGACCUGGUAUGGGUCCUAUGGGUCCAGCAGCAUAUGGUCCAGGCAUGAGAGGACCACCACCUAACAGUAUUGGUCCAGGACCUGGUGGACCAGGAGGCCCAGGACCUGGAGGUCCUGGGCCAGGGAUGCCAGCAAUGAGUAUGGGAGGACCAGGCCCUAGACAACCAUGGACGCCGAACACAUCAACUCCAAUGAGUUACUCGUCAUCCUCGCCUGGGACGUAUGGUGGCAUGAUGGGUCCACCCGGCACUGGAGGCCCUCCUGGUCCUGGCACCCCCAUCAUGCCCAGUCCACAAGGGUCGAGUGGAGCUUUCUCUCCCGCCCGCCUGCCUCCCACUCCGCGGCCAGACACAUCUAGUAGUGGGGCCGAUGCCAUGUUUCCCAUGAUGAAGCCAGUACCAGGAGGAGGCAUGCCAGGGGACUUCCCCCUGGGUAGUGGUCCAGAUGGACCCAUGGGCGGUCCAAUGGGUCCAAAUACUAUGGGACCUGUUAUGAAUGGAGAUGGCCUUGAUGGCAUGAAAAAUUCUCCUGCUAAUGGUCCUGGUACGCCGCGGGACGAUGGAGGUGGUAUGGGUGACUACAAUUUAGGAAGCUUCGGGGGCCCACCGGAGAGUGACUUAAACAGCCGUGAAAGCACCUUAGGCAUCAUUUGAAAGCAGGCGUGACAAUGGUUGCGUGAGGACCAAGUUUAGAGUGCGACUUGACCAGAAUGAGUCUGCUGCCAUCCUAAAGAUCAAGGAAACUAUGCAAGAAGAAGCAAAGAGAUUUGAAAAAGACGUUCCACCAGAUCAUCCAGACUACUUCAUGCCGUGACGUGACCCUUUCCCAUCCCCACUUUACCCUGUGAACUAGCUCUCUGCUCCCUACAGAAACUGUGACAUGGCAUCAGUCUGGGGGUUUGCAUUCCUCUUAUCCCUAGCUGCUGAAGACUUGCUAUAGCUCAGUUAUGAGGGCAAUGUGCGAGUGCAGUAAAGACUGUGUCCUCACAGUAACUUUACACCACAAAUUUUACAGUGAUGUGAUUCUGUGUGCGGUGGAGUGACGAUGGGACAAUGGGUCCUAAGCUGACUUUGAGGAACUGGUUUAUCAGCCCUCGACACAACUAUUAAGUGAAUCAAAACUUAGAGCUCCAGUAAAUGGGGUGCUAUCCUACAGUGAAAUUUGACAUGUGAUUAGAAACACUAGUGAUUUCCUUUGCAAAGUCUGGAAAGGCAGGAUGAGCAUUUGGAGGAAAUGGGUAAAUGUUUGACUUCUUGCAUAGACCAUAUUGAGAGAAGUGGAAAACUGGACCUGAUUUCUGCUGUUUGAUGAUAAGUCUGUUGUGUCAUUCAUUGUGCUUUCUAUGUGAAUCUUGUAGGAAACAAAAUUACUAUUAUUAUUAUUUUGUAUUUUUUAUCAAUUUCAAUAAUUUAAAAUCCCAAGAUCCAUAGCCUAAACAGCAGUGUCAGGAGACUAGGGCAGCCAGGGUAAGAUGGAGAUGUAGAUAUUUUCAUAAACCGUCAUUGCUCACGGGUGGUGUCCGCUCGCCUCAACAGGACAACCAGUGCUGCCUGUCUCCUGGCGGAACCUUUGUAGGAGUGCCCACAGUUUUCUCCUCUCCACGAGAAAACUCCUCCCUCUCAGUCCCAGGCACCAGCAGUCCCCCCACACUACUACCAACGUCACCCUGGGACAUGCCCCUGGGAUGGAUUGGAAAUAUCCCCAGGGUGUUGGCCCAGAGCCAGCUGGAACCUACUCACCUAGGGCCUGGCACCCAUGUACAAAUCCCCCAGCCUGGGACCUCUGGGACCUGGCACGUGAUCUGCCCUCCACAUGUGCGAAAGACAGAAAUGUCUAUUCUCACUAGUAUUACUCAGACUAUUCUGGCCUCAGGGCCAACUCAUGUAAUAUCAGAUGGGAAGUCUUUUAUUCAGACUACUUUGUGUUAGCUUAUCUACCAGACUGGAAGUGAUGACCUGUCUCUAUUCUGUACAGAUCUAUCCAAGUGUUGUAGAUGUAGAAAUAAUUUAUUAUUUGUCAUGUCCAAAUCUGUCUCUUUUAUCUUUCUUCUAGACUCCCUCCCUAUGUUAUACUGUUUUAACCACAAUGACCACCCCACUCCUAUGUCCAUGACCCAACACCACCAUUAUUACCUUUUCUCUCACCACCACUAUCACCACCACCUCACCACCACAACCACCACCAACUCACCACCACCUCACCACCACCACCUCACUACCACCUCACCACCACCACAGCCACCACCACCACCACCAAGAGAAGUACCAACACAAAACCUUUGGUCUAGCGGUAUGGUUUACAUGACUGCUGUCCAUUCAACCAGCGCCAAAUGUAAAUCACUGAAAACUUCUGCCCAAGGUACACCACCACCUCCAGAACAUAGCCACACUGGGGGAUUAACCUGGUACUACAUUGUAAAUUUAAAAUAAACUUUAUAUACAUCCUUUGAGAUGACUCACAAUGUACCUUAACUGAAUUCAUCUCCCUUUCUAUACAACUGAGAAACUCAUGCCUUCAAUUAUUUUACAGGGUCCUAUGUGUAUCUUUUGUUGAAGUAAAUGUUCCUGUCUAUGAUAUAUAUUAACAUAAUUUUGUAUAAAUCAUAUGUCAAAAAUGAAUGAGAUUUA